AUGCACAAGCCCUGUGCUCCGCAGUGCGCUCCGGACGUCGAUGCGUCCGUGCUUUCAACCGCACACCAGCAUGUCAAUCGCAUCCUUCUAGAGGAGACCUGCACGCUGUUUCCGGCUCAGCCUGCUCCAGACCACCGCGUCAGUGCUCAGCCUGCAUUUCGUGUCACUGCCCGGGCUGUGUGGGGCCUUUACCACGCCUUCAAGCGCUCAGGUGUGUGCACCUUCCGCAACAUCUUCGCCAAGUGGCGACUUGCCACUCAAUUCGCCAGAGCCUCAAAAGCCCUCCGCCAAAGCAGUCAGCAGCUUAAGAAGCAAUUCUUUCAGGGGCAGGUUGAGGACGCCGAACUUGCGGCCAGCCGAGGGGAUCAAAGAGGCCUACACCUCAUUGUUCGUAGGCUGUCUCCGCGCACCCGCCAACUGGCAGGAAGACUCCGGGACGACUCCGGUCGACUCCUCACCCGCGAUGAGGAGCUAGAAGCCAUCAUCCAAUAUGGUAAUGCCACCUUUGCCAAGCACCAUGAUGAUCACCCGAUACUCCCCCUCGCCCAGGAUGUAGUCAUACCUGCCGCUGACCUGGCAGCUGAGCUGUCCAAACUUGGGCCUGCCAAGGCUGUCCCCAAGCACAUUGCCCCUUCCGCAGUUUGGAAGCUCUGCUCUUCUGACCUGGGUGAGGUCCUGAGUCAUGCCUUGACUCGGCAUCUUCGACGGGGCACCAGUGCCUCCCUGGACACAGACUGGAAGGCUGGCCAGAAAACGCGCGGCUGCGCCGGAGGCGUCAGCCUCUCCUUGGAUUUGUCCAAGGCCUUCGACGGGGUCACACGUUCUCACAUUUACCAGGAAAUGAAGAAACAGGGCGUCGGCUGUGUGAUAGUGCCUUAUCUUUGGAAUUUCUUCUCCCUUGCUUUUCUUCUUCUUUUGCGCGAUCAGAGGGAUCUGUCUUGGAUUCAGCGGGUGUUGUCACUCUUUGCUGAUGAUGCUUGGGGAGCUUGGGUUAUUGCCUCGGCGGCUGACUUCCAACAAGCCCUUGCUGACAUCACUCUCAUUCUUGAAACUCUUGAGUCCCUUCAUAUGAUCGUCAACUUUGAUAAGACAGCAAUCCUUCUUCACCUGGUUGGCAAGGAGUCCAAGAAACUCCGACGGAACCACACCUUCAUGAAGGCGGGGCAGCUUCACUUGCGUCUUUGGGUGCACGGUCGUGAACAAGCCAUUCCCAUACGGGACCAGCACGUCUACUUAGGCACCAUAGUGACCUAUCAUAGUCGGCUUGAACGCAACAUGGAGCACCGCAUCAAGGCCGCCCGAGCCAACUACCAGGGCCUCCGCAAGCUGCUGAACGGGGCUCAUGCCCUAGACACGGAUCAUCGCAUCCGACUGUGGAAAGCAUGUGUCUGCUCCAGCGUUAUGCACUCCCAGCAUGUAGUCGGAGUGACCGCUAAAACCCUCAAGCGCUUAACUACGGUGCUUACCAGGCAUCUUCGUGCCAUCCUCCGGGUGCCGGCUCACCUGACGCACAUCACCAAUCAAGCCGUGUGGCAUCAAGCUGGCCAGCCGAUGCCAGGCUGGACCGUACAGUGUGCUCUGCUACAGCAUCAAGCCAAAUUGCAGCAAACAGCCGCAUCAGGGACCGACAUUACCAGCACUCCCCAAGCUCUUGCACAUGUUGACGUCCUCGCCGGCCGUCUCGAGGCGCUGCUCCUCGAAGCUGCCCAGACUCUCGCCACCGAGGCGGUAAGCGCACCGUCCAUCAGCGACAGCAUGAUUCGCGCGCCACCUUCGGAGGCGCAUGCACCUGCGCCGAUCAAACCGCCUCCCACCGCGGGACUUGCAGUCUUUGCGGAAGAAAAUGUCAUGAUGUAUGGGGAUCCACUGACGAUGGACACCUUUGCCCACGAGGAGGCCGAGAUCUUUGCCAACCUAUGGACCGGGCCAGAGCCUUUCCUGGAGGACGGCCGCUCUCAGAAGCGCCAGAGACCGGAGCAACACCGCUGGAGCAUGCCGCCAGCACAGCGACCGAGCCAGCCGCAUCACCGCGAAGGCCCGCCCCCAUCACGGCCGAUGCAUCCACUCCAGAAUCACAUCAACCUGCUCGGCCGCGUCGUCCUGCAGCAGGAGGACAUCAUCAGCCGCUUGCGCAACGACAAGAACUUCGUGUUGUUCCUGCGCAACGACGCCAACGGCACGCUGGGCACGCUCAUGCGCAUCUCUCGCGAUUGGAAGGCCAAGAAGUCACUGGAGCCGGAGCAGCUCAAAUCCCCCCUUCGCACGGUGCUCAUAGCCUGCAUGAUCCGCGAGCUCAUGAACCUGGCCCAGCAGGCGGUAGCAACGGAGGAG